GACGACUUCCUGGGGCAAGUGGAUGUGCCGCUUAGUCACCUGCCGACUGAAGACCCAACCAUGGAAAGGCCGUACACAUUUAAGGAUUUCCUUCUCAGGCCAAGAAGCCACAAAUCUCGUGUAAAGGGUUUCUUGCGGCUGAAGAUGGCUUAUAUGCCUAAAAAUGGUGGCCAAGAUGAAGAAAACAGUGAUCAAAGGGACGAAUCUGAGCACGGAUGGGAUGUGGUUGAUUCCAAUGACUCUGCAUCUCAACGUCAGGAGGAGUUGCCACCUCCUCCGCUGCCUCCCGGCUGGGAAGAAAAGGUGGACAACCUGGGCCGGACUUACUAUGUCAACCACAACAACAGGACUACACAGUGGCAUCGACCAAGUUUAAUUGAUGUGGGAUCUGACUCAGAUAACAAUAUCAGACAAAUAAACCAAGAAGCGGCCCAUAGGCGGUUCCGCUCUCGGAGGCACAUUAGUGAGGAUCUGGAACCAGAACCUAUGGAGAGUGGAGACAUUCCUGAGCCUUGGGAAACCAUUUCAGAGGAGGCAAGUGCAAGUGGAGAUUCCCUAAGCUUGUCAUUGCCGCCGCCGCCUGCGUCUCCCGUGUCCCACACCAGCCCUCAGGAGCUGUCUGAGGAACUGAGCCGAAGACUUCAAGUCACUCCCGAUUCCAAUGGGGAACAACUCGCUUCUUUGAUCCAAAGAGAUCCUUCUUCAAGAUUAAGAUCUUGCAGCGUAACAGACACAGUUGCUGAACAGUCUCAAUUAUCCUUGCAGAGCGGUCCAUCUAGGAGAGCUCGUUCUUCAACUGUCACAGGUGGUGAGGAACCAACGCCCUCCGUGGCCUACGUACACACUACACCGGGCUUACCGUCGGGCUGGGAGGAGCGGAAGGAUGCCAAGGGCCGCACCUACUACGUCAACCACAACAAUCGAACCACGACAUGGACACGGCCCAUUAUGCAGCUGGCAGAAGACGGCAUGGUCGGGUCGACAGCAAACAGCAGCAACCACUUAAGCGAGCCUCAGAUAAGGCGGCCUCGCAGCCUCAGCUCCCCCACCGUCACGCUGUCUGCGCCGCUGGAGGGGAUGAAGGACUCCCCCGUGCGCAGAGCGGUGAAGGACACCCUCUCCAACCCACAGUCCCCGCAGCCCUCGCCUUACAACUCCCCCAAACCCCAGCACAAAGUGGCACAAAGUUUCCUUCCGCCGGGCUGGGAGAUGCGCAUAGCGCCCAACGGCAGGCCCUUCUUCAUCGACCACAACACUAAAACUACUACGUGGGUAAGAGCAGUUCUAG